AUGAACCCACUCGAGAGAAUGGGGCGUCUCCUUUCUCAGGUCGUGGAUGAACUGGCUGUCAGUGAUCCAGAAUUUGUAUACUGCAUUCAUCCGGUCUCAUCCCUCACGGUUAACGAUGGCUGGCGCAAAAUCACGUUUAAAGAUCUCGCCACAGCGGUUGACCGUGUUGCCUGGUGGCUAGAUCGACAGCUCGGUUCCAAGGGAGGGCAGCAAGUUCUAGCGUACAUAGGGUCAAAUGACCUCCGAUACGCGGCAUUUGUCCUAGCUUGCAUGAAGCAUGGACACGCUAAUGCGUCUCAACAUCUGCUGAGCAGUACUGGGUGCUCCAUACUCGUCGACGGUAGCGAGAAAAGACAGUUGAAGGAAGUCCUAGACGAGAUCGAAGCUAACAGCGAUGACAAAAGCUUCGAGCGAUGGCAAAUGCCUGCCCUGUGGGAGGUUUUCUCUCCAAUGCCAGCCGAGCCAUACAAAUUCCCGCAUCAUUACUCGGAUAUUGAAGACACGCCGGCUAUUAUCGUUCAUAGCUCUGGCACUACAGGUCUUCCGAAGCCCAUAUCCCUUAGCCAUGGAUUUCUGGCAGCUUCAGACCAAAUUCAAUCGCUCCCAGUUCCGCCCGGUCGCCAGACGGCUCAGUUGUUUAUACAUUAUCGUGGCAAAAUGCGGUUUCUCCAUGGGCCGUUAUUCCACCUUAUCGGUCUUGCGUGUGUUAUAGAAUGUAUCUUCUAUCAUUCACCAUUCAUUCUGGCCCCUGACUGCCCCCUGACCCCAGAGGUAUUGUCACAAAUCAUGACUAGCGACAGCCCACCAGUCUGGGGAAUGAUUAGCCCCUAUGUGAUCGAGGAACUGAGCGCCACAGAGACCGGCAGGAAGUCUUUAGAGCUGUUUGCCUCUAUCGGUUUCGGUGGGGCUCCAUUGUCGACGUCCGUCGGAGACAGUGUGAGCUCAUACUGCCGGUUACAAACUAUGAUAGGGAGCAGCGAGACAGGCUACACACCUACCCUGAUGUGCGAGGACCCGGCUGAUUGGGGAUACUUGGAAUGGAAUCCGUCGUUCAAACUCCGUAUGGAAAGUAUGGGGGAUGGUCUAUGGGAAUUAGUGCUUCUCCGGCCCAGUAACCGUCGAUAUCAUGGCAUAUUUCACACACAUCCAAAGCUGGAUGAAUAUCGUACGGGCGAUCUUUUCCGCCCACACCCUUACAAAAAGGGACUUUGGCGCUAUGACGGCCGUAGCGACGACAUCAUUGUUCUCAGUAAUGGCGAGAAAUUCAACCCAACUGACGCAGAGAAAACGAUUGAAACGCACCCACUUGUUGAAAGCGCCGUCAUGUUUGGCCAGGACCGCUUUCAGGCAGCGCUACUGAUCGAACCACGAUGGGCCAAACUUGAUACCCACCAGCCACCGCAAUUCCUGCUCAACGAGUUCGGCGAUGUCAUCAAGAAAGCCAACACUUUCCUCCCCGCACACGGCCAGAUAAUUGACUCCCAUGUAGCGCUAGCCGGAAUUACUGACCCGUCACAUACGGGAUACUGCCGCCGACUUAGGCCAUCGGUGCUACUCACCGGGUCGACUGGGGAGCUGGGAAGUUAUUUGCUUCAUACACUCUUACGUAGUCCAAGUGUUGCUGUGGUGCACUGUCUGAACCGGUCUGGAGAUGCAAUGCAACGACAGAUAUCGCAGUUUGAGUCAAAAGGGCUAGUAGCCACAUUGCCUUGGCUCUCUGACCCGGAAAGAGUUCAGUUCCAUCAAGCUGCUUUACACGAGGAAAACCUCGGUCUUUCAGCUCGGCAGUACGAGAACUUGCGCGAAAAAGUGGAUUUAGUGAUUCAUAACGCAUGGGCCGUGAGCUUUAAUAAGCCUCUUGCCAUGUUUGCUCCCCUCAUAACAGGGCUGCGAUGUCUCUUGCAAUUUGUCGAACAUUCCUCACGUCAGGCACAUUUACACUUUAUUUCCUCGAUCGCAACCGUGGCUGGCUGGCAUGAUUCUCGUGAGACGGUUGUCAUUCCGGAAUCUCUUCACGACGAUUCCGUUGUUAUGCACCAGGGUUAUGCGGAGUCCAAGUUCGUCGCUGAAUCCUUGUGUGGGCUUGCCGCCGAGUAUCGUCACAUUCCAAUUGCCAUUCACCGUGUAGGCCAGCUGGCAGUUCCUUCCACUGUUACUGCAGGAAUGUGGAAUCCACGCGACUGGUUCCCGUCUCUCGUCAAGACAUCGCGGACCAUUGGCGAGCUCCCUAACAGUCUCGGACCGGUGCGGGUGGAUUGGAUCCCAAUCGUAUAUCACAUUGUCAACCCUCAUCCAAUCAAAUGGAUGGAAUUAGCGCCGUUCGUUUCGCGAGAAUGCUCAGCGAAGCUGGUGACCCUGGAGCAAUGGGUGGGGCAGUUGCAGCAGAAGGUCGGUGUUGGAAGUAAUGAUCAAGGUGUAAACGAAAUGCCCGCUGUGCGUCUGUUGGAGUUUUUCACGAGCCUUGUUCGCGACCAGGAGCGAGUGCAGCCUCCGCUGGCAGUUAGCAACGCCCAAGCAAAGAGCAUAACUAUGCGAAACCUCGGGCCGGUAGAUUGCCGUAUGAUGGGAAUCUGGUUGGAGCAGUGGAAAGACUGA